GUGAUGAAGAGAUCAAGAGAAGGAAAAAGAGACAAAAGCAAGAAAUUAGAGGUAGCAAAAACGUGCCGAGAGAUUUUGAAGAGUCACGUUAUUAUAGAAGAGCGCGCGAGGGAGGGAGAGAGAGAGGAGGAGAGGGAGAGAGGGGGGGGAGAGAGAGGCGCGAUAACAGCGUUUGUCCUUCUUGGACUCAGUUUUGUGACCGGCUGACGGGCUGAACGGGCGACGGACGAAGAAACUUGAGACAAUCACACCGUGAUCCGACGUCCAGAGGGUGUCCAAGCCUCCGUGGGAAACUGAAUGAGACGCUUCGCAAGAGGAGUGGGAAAAAACCCAGCAGAGAGAGGCCUGGUGAGAUAGAAGAAAAUAUUAGGCAGCGUGGAGAAAAAAAAAAGGGGAGAAGAAGUGAGUGACACCUGCCCUCCAGCUCAGUGUGAAGGGCACGGAAUGAGAGAGUGAGAGGAGGGGAAUGAAAAGAGGGAAAACAGAGGAGAGAAUGAAGACAACCGGAAAACAAGGCCUGCCUCACAGCAAACCUCACUCAAAUUAGGACAUCUCGCCACAAGACAAGAUGAUUACAAGAAAUCUGCUCCUAUUGGUUUCCCUGUGCCUGUGGGAGGGGCUUGCGGGAGGGGCCUUGGCCGGUAAAAUCGUGCGGAGGAGAGGAGUGGGCGGAUCACAUACGCUGAAGCUAGGGGAGAGCAGAGCUGCGGACCAAUGGGAUGCAAGCGUGGACGCGAAUGCAAUGCCCGUGGUGACUCUUAGAAACCUGAUUAGUCAUGAGCAGGCGGGCGACACUGGAUCUUUGUCUCAUUCUAAAAUACUGCAGAAUCAUGCUCCUCCAUCAGUAGCUAACAAGGAGAGGCAGGCUUUCAAGCCCAAGCGUGAGGUUGACUCCGUUAAUAGAAAAGAAGUGACUUCACACAUAUUAGCCAACAACAAGGAGUUAAACCAGGAUGUGAAGAAAGUCAAGAACAACACUAAGAAUGCUGAGACUUCUACCAAAACAGGAAAGUUAGAGAAGACACUCACAAUCCACCAUAAACCAGAUUUACACGCCAAUAAAACCAGAUUUAAAGCUGGCUCGAGAUCCAGGAGCAGACCUGAUUUGAGUGCCCAUACUACAGGUGUGCCAGGGAAAGGAUUCAGCAUGGAUUCAAACCGAAAGCUGAACCUCACCGGCAGUUAUGGAGUCCUGAAGCUGCUGUCAAAAGAGAACCUAGUGAGGAUUGUCAAUUCCCAAAUGCAGAGUGUUCCCAGUCUGAGCUUUCCGAGCAAGGGCAGCCGGAGCAGGAAGAGGGAUUUGAUUGACGUUAAUCAUAGACAGUUAGAGGCUCAGAAAGUGCCAAGACAAGAUAUGGCUGUCACUCAGCUUCACACUGGAUUUGAUAAUCAGACUGCAUUUCCUUAUUUAAGCCCAGUCACCACCCCAGAUAUGAAUCGAGACCAGGGAUCCAACACUCGUAUUAAUCCACUAAGUGAAGUCAACCCUGCUUUAAGCAAAGGGCAGAACAACCUGGGAAUGCAGAGUUCAGAUAGUAGUGAUAGCAAGAGCAAACACCUUGUCCGCUUACUGUCAACGCCCCGCAGUGAGGUCAGCCUUAGCCCCGAGAAAGAAGUGAUAAUCACCCAAACAGAACCACCGUUUACAUCGACAAAACAUCUCCCGCUGUAUGUUCCCUCUGAAACAAAUGAUUCCCCGCUGUCUCUGCUGACAGUGCAACCCCUGGGAGUACGACCGGGGAACCGAGCGGCAGAUCCCCAUAGAGACCCAUUAACAGAGUCGGUUCACAUUACUCAAACAGAACUCAGCACAGCUCAGUACCCUGCAGAUGAAGACAACAAACUUGUCAACAGCAGUCAUGUCCUGAGGCUCCACCCAGCUCCCGAGUGGAGCCAUGACACAAAAGAUGCUGGGAUGCAAGCUGUCGAUCCAGAAAACGUGAAGGGCCUUGUGUUCGAGGAGGCAGAGUUGGAGGUGGAAGAGGAGACACGUGACCACAUGGAAGGGAAGAGGUCGCGUUCUCGCAGCAGGAGGAGCUGGAUCUGGAACCAGUUCUUUGUGAUUGAAGAAUAUGCUGGGCCUGAACCCGUGCUCAUUGGACGGCUCCACACCGACAUGGACAGGAAUGAUGGACGCACUAAGUAUGUCCUGCGAGGCGAAGGGGCGGGUUCUGUCUUUGUGAUAGACGAGAAGACGGGUAACAUCCACGUCACCAAGCCGCUCGACCGUGAGGAGAAGGACGAGUACCGUCUCAUCGCCACGGCCACCGACAGGCAGACAGACCGUGCCCUGGAGCCCUCGUCACAGUUCAUAAUUCGGGUGCAGGACAUCAACGACAACCCGCCUGUCUUUGACGAAGGCCCGUACAGCGCCACCGUGCCUGAGAUGGCAAAUAUAGGCACGUCUAUAAUCCAGGUGACAGCGACAGAUGCUGAUGACCCGACUUAUGGGAACAGCGCCAAGCUAGUGUACACACUGGUGCAGGGCCAACAGUACUUCUCUGUCGAUCCCCAGACAGGUAUUCUGCGCACGGCUGUGCCUGACAUGGACAGGGAGACCCAGGACCAGUACCUGGUGCUGCUUCAGGCCAAGGACAUGGGAGGCCACUUGGGCGGAUUAUCUGGGACCACCACCGUCACUGUCAGGCUCACUGACGUCAACGACAACCCUCCACGCUUCACGCAGAGUAUGUGGUCCUUCUCCGUUUCCGAGCUGGCCAUCCCUGGGGCUGAGAUAGGGCGUAUCUCCGCAGCCGACGCUGACCUUGGUGAGAACGCCAAGCUGGAAUAUACUAUCCUGGAGGGGGAGACUGGGGAAACAUUCAACAUCACUGGAGUGAACCAAGAGGCGGUCAUCACGCUCAAUAAGCCGGUUGACUAUGAGAGCCGGAGCUCCUACUCCUUCUCUGUGGAGGUCCUCAACCCCAUAGUGGAUCCUCGCUUCUUGCGUCGAGGCCCCUUCAAGGAUCGAGCCUCCAUCAGAGUAGCAGUGUUGGAUGCUGAUGAGCCUCCAAGGUUCUCCCGAGCUCGAUACCACAUGGAUGUGUCUGAAAACUGCCCACCUGCCUGCACUGUGGGCCGGGUCAGCGCUGUCGACCCAGACACUGGUCUUACCAAUAAUAUCAGGUUCUCCAUUGAUCCUCAGUCAGACCCGGAGGCUCUGUUUCGUAUCACCCCAGACACUGGCCUCAUUACCACAGCCAUGGAGCUGGACCGGGAGCGCGACCAUUGGCACAACAUUACUGUCAUUGCCACCCAGAGAGACAACCCCAGCCAGGUAUCCAGGGUUCUGGUUGCAAUAGAGACAUUAGACCUGAAUGACAAUGCACCCGAGCUGGACAGGCAGUACACAACGGCCAUGUGCGACUCAUCCUCCAUCGGGCAGGUGGUGCAGGUGUUGCGGGCGAUUGAUAGAGAUGAGGGAGGGAAUGACAGCACUGUGUAUUUCAGCAUCCCCCCGGAGUCCAGCGCUGCCCUCAACUUCAGCGUCAGGGACAGUGGUGGUCCCACAGCCAGUCUGGUGCUGCUGUCCCAGCUCCAACCACUGUCUCGCUCCGCAUCCUCCAUGCUGACGCUCUUUGUGCCGCUGGUCCUGAGGGACGGGACGUCAGGACUCACCAGCACCGGGACGGUCACAGUGUCCGUCUGUCCCUGCCUGAGAGGAGGGGCACGGGCCGGGGAGAAAGAGAAGGACAAACAGACAGAGGGCGAGUGGGACUGGGAAAGAGAGGCGGUGUGUCUCCCUCAGCAGUCCACACUGCCUUCCCCUGGGCUCAGCACCGCCGCCCUGCUGGCUAUCCUGGCUUGUGUUGCCACACUACUGGCGGUGAGCGCCCUGUCACUGUCACUGCGCCGUCAGAAGCGCGACUCCCUGUCACCACUGGAGGAGGACGACGUGCGUGAGAACAUCAUAACGUAUGAUGACGAGGGCGGGGGCGAGGCCGACACGGCUGCCUUUGACAUUGCUGCGCUCCAGAGCGCCCCACACAGCUCACGCUCACGUGGCUAUCGCACACUGGACAGCAGGAAUGUACGUUACGCCCAUCAUAACCAAGACAAAAGUCGUACCUACAGCUGGGCUCAGAAUCCGGGCGUGGAUCACAACUACUCAGGACAAGGAGGACCUCUCUAUGGUCGCCUCUGUUACAGCAGCCACACAUUACCCGUUCUCCGCCGUGCACCAGGUGGAACAUUUGAACCAGGCCUGGCAGAACUGGGAUACCGCUAUCCUGGAAGCCAGCCAGACCACUCUCUGGUCAUCCAGAACCAGGGAGCCAUGGUGGGGGCAAUGGAGUCUGGGGCAGUGUACGUAGCUCCCACAGAUCUCAGCACAGGGAGCCGAACAGGGAGUCGCACGGGAAGCCGUGACGGGACUGCACCCCAAAGUGGGGUAAGCACAUCAGAUGGAGGAACGCCAAGGACCAGUGACAGCCAGGAGAGAGGAGGAGGGACAGGAACCACAAGCAAUUGCACAGAGGGCAGCAAUGAGGACAAAGUGAACCACAAUCAAGAUGUGGACUGGGUGCAGUCGGAGACAUUACCCAGGGAGCAGCACCUUGUCAUGACCCGAUCCGGCUCCAUGAUUGGCCAGGGUCACGGCACAGGAGGAUGGGUGUGCGACUCGGCUACCCUCCCCAUGGCGGGACGCAGGGCCUCUCGCACGGGCAUGUCCCCAAAACGCACAAGCUCUGGCCAGGCUGAAUCUGACUCUGGUGGAGGAGGUGGUGGAGGA